AUGGAAGAUGAAACAACUUCCAGAAGAGUCGAUGGAGCCGAUGGAAAAGAUAGACUUAAUGGUGGCAAUAGCAGAAGAGGCAGGAAGAUUUUGUUCCUGGUGAUGGCGGGCAGUGGAAUGAUUGGAGCGGUCGUCUGCACCACUCUGAUGGCUUCCGUCUUGGCUGCAGCAGCUUGUGAACGACGUGAUGCUACUUCGGAAUAUGAACAAGAAUAUUCUGAUCCUACAACAAUUAAAAUAAAUGGACGCCUUAUUUUCCUGUGGACAUCUUUUAAAAUAGCAUAUUUGAAUUGUUUUACUAAUCUUUACACUUCGUUAGUCAAGUUUAAAUCAGCACAAUCGCAAGAGUUGAUCAGAUUUAGCCUGAGUAUGGAAAAUGUGGCUGACUAUUGUUUCCUUGUAGUUUCUUCUAGUAACGGUUUAACUUACUCUAAAGAUCCGGCUGUUCCUCUCUAUAACAACCAGAGCAUACCAGAAGAUGUUGUCAGUGUUGGGAACUACAUGUUUAAUGAGAUCGUAUUGGCAUUCAACCCUUCCAACAAUCAGAUGAAUACUGCUUUUGAUUUCAUUGAAAUCGAAGUUGCAUUAUCGAGUGCACUGGCGAACCGAGGUGGGGGCGAGGGUGGUGGAUCGCCCCGGGCCUCCGAUUUGGAGGGGGCCUCCAAAAAGCCAAUUACGAAAAUUUUUAAAUAA